AUGCUGGUCAAGGAAAGGGAGCUUCACGUCCCCCUGGCCCUGCAGCUCUCCCGGCUGAGGGCUGAGGAGAAGAUGCUGGACUUUGAGUUUGAGGUGCUCAGCAUCCAGUUUAACCAGCAGGGCCGCUAUGCCCUGAGGCUCACGGUGGAGAACCCGCUGCUGCAGGGCUCCAGUGCUGGCAUCCGGCUCCGUGUCAACAGCGGGGAGGUCACCCAGGGCAGCACCAGCACCACCGACACCAUCGAGCAGAGGGACCUCCACCAGCUCUACUGCUUCCAGAAGAGAAAAUUCACCUUCACCCUGCCCAGAGGUUUCUGCAAAAAUGACAAGAACCACGAUGUGCGGCUCCACAUCGAAGCCCUGUGCAUGCCCCGGAGGGCAGCAGGGCUGGGGAGGAGCAGGCAGGUGGGUGAAGCCUUCUUUGCCAUCUACCCCCGGCCCAACCAGCCCCACAUGAAGCUCUCUGCCGGGCGGGAUGAGGACUGGUACCGCUACAGUGCGGUGAUGACUUUGCUGCGGGUGGGCAGUGAGCAGCCAGAGAUGCACUGCGGCCGCAUGGCCUUCACCGCAUCCCUGCACGAGCACCGCGCACCCACUGCACUGGUGGUACCCACGUCACUGUCUCCCAGCACCCAGAAGGGCCAGCAAGCAGCAAGCCCAGCAGCAGCAUCCCCAGCCCUGGACAUCCCUGCAUCCAGCCGCUUGCACCAUACACCAGAGUCUGCUUAUCACUCACUGCCCACUGAAGGCUAUGCCUGCUCUCCACAGGUAUCCACAUCCCCUGCUGGGACAGAGGACCCCAGCUGUGCACCGGUGACCGCUGGGGGCCAUGUGGCCCGUGUGGGGAAGGAAUCCAUCACCAUCAUCUUCCACGGUGCCAGCAACCUGCCAGCCACACGGGAGGGCCGGGUGCCAUGGCCAUAUGUUGUCAUUGACACCAGCAGAGGGGAUGAGCAGAAGCCGGAGGUGACCCGAGCAUCCUCAGUGCCCACGCAUGCACCCGCCUGGGAGGAGGAGGUGACAGUGGAGUUGGAUGCUGAAGACAUAGGCUGGGCAGCCCUGACUCUCACCGUGGCAGAUAAAGCCACCAAGGAGGCACUGGGGACAUUCCAGCUGCCAGUGCGGCACCUCCAGCCCUUCCAGCCCCACCGCUGCCGGCUGGUGCUGCCAAGGACACGGGACCCUGUGGGGAUGGUCCUGCAUGUCACCAUCACCCGCAAAGGGAGCUUCAUCCCUCGCUGUGAUGGAUUGAACUACGUGGCCUUGGAGGUGCUGCUUCAGGGACUGUCAGCCCCUUUGGCCACCCCUCCUGGGCCCCUGGUGGCUGUGGCCAGAGUUGUGACCAAUGUUCAGGAGUACAAGCGCCGCAUGGAGAAGCAUCCCACGUCCUGUCCCGGCAUCACCCCCACCACCAUCACAUUUCCAGACCCUCCAGCAGCAGCCUUCUGCAUCACCCGAGCUGCCAACCAUGGCUAUCCACAGAUGUCCCAAGCAGCUGGGCCUCCAGAGCAGCCAACCUGGAACAGUUCCUUCCUCUUCCAAGGCCAGGAGGUGGCCACCAUCUUCUCCGAAGACACCGCCUUAGCUAUUGAAUAUUAUCCAUACAAAGCCAUGUGGGAUGCUCCAGGAAUCCUUGUUCCCAUCGGAUACUCAGUGCUGCCCCUCACCAGCUGUGUAUUCCGGGAGCUGGCGGCACGGAAUGGCGGGAUGCGUGUGGAUGGCCUUGCCAUGCAGGGCACUGAUCUCAAAACCACAACUGGAGCCAUCCCAACCGUGGGGCUCUGCCUGCAGCUCCUUCAAUCAGAGCUCCAUCAGGAUGAUGUGUCCCUCCCAGCGGGUGAUGCCAUGGCCAGCAUCCUGCCUGGAAAGCAGACGAUCCCACAUGGGAUGAGAGCACCAUUGGAGGAGCAGAGGUCCCAGCAGACCACUGGGGACCACCUGGAGCCGGAGGCGAGCAGCUACCGCCUGGCGCUGGAGCGGAUGGCAGGGGACGUGCUGUCCCUGCGCCAGCAGGUCACCAGCCUGGAGGUGGAGAACGGGCACCUGCGGCGCAGCCUGGCCUCGUGGGACGAGCUGGGCCAGGAGCUGCUCACGGACGGGGACACAGACGUCAUGACCCGGGAGGAGCUGCUGGACAGGAUGGCCACCCUCAGGCAUCAACUGGUGGCCAGCACAGCAGAGAUGAGGAGGCUGAAGGACCGUGUCCAGCAGCUGCAGAAUGAGCUGAUCCGGAAGAACGACCGGGAGAAGGAGCUGGUGCUGCUGCAGCGAGCCCACCAGCAGCAGCAAACUGCACUGAGGAGGUGCCAGGAGAAGGUGGCCAAGGUGAAAGGCUUGGAGGAGGCAGUGCGGCAGCAGGAGAAGGUGAUGAAGGUGAUGGAGCGGGUGCUGCAGGAGAAGAUGGCUGGGACAGGCAGGAGCACUGGGAAGCUGACAGGUGAAGGCCCCUCCAGGGAGCUGUACACCAUGCUGCUGGCUGAGAACUGCAGGCUGCGGGAGGAGCUGGCAAGGGUCCCCCAUCACUUGCCCCCCAUUGCCCCACAGCCCACAGCCUUGCUGGGUGGCUUUGGGGGCAAGGAGAAGCUGUCCCUGCUGGCCAGGCUGGAGGAGGCACAGGCCCGCGGGAGGGUGCUGGAGAAGCAGCUGGAGGAGGCGGCGCGGAGCUGGGGACGGGAGAAGCAGGAGCUGGGCACCCAGCUGCUGGAGCGGGAGCACGGCUUCCCCCAUAUCGCCACCACGAUCCUGCCAGCAAUGUCCAGGGCUCACCUGAGGAGCCCCCAGUCCCCGGCCCCCCUGCCCUAA